AUGAAAUCGCCGGCACCUGGUGAAGUGAUGGGGAUCGACGACCUGUUGAACGAAAAGGGUGGUGUCGUCCAGCAAAACACCUUGUCUCUGCCAGGCGUCAAGCUUGAGCAGCAGCAGCAGCAGCAGCAACAGCAGCAGCAUCAGUUCCACCAGCAACAUCAGCAACAGCAACAUCAACAGCAACAGCAGCAACAACACCAGUUUCUCCCACCCGUCUCUCUCCCCGGCAUGCAGCCCUUGGCCCUGCAGCCAUAUCCGUCCCACCACGCCCUCGACCGCGCCGACUCGCCGCACGGCUCCGACCACUCGCGUUUCUCGUCUGCCGCCCCCGGCUCGCUCAACGGCCUCGACACGUCCGUCGGCAAACCAUUUGGCUCGCCCACCGCCAUGCACAACUCGCCGCUCCACAUCCCCGACCUGAGCACCACGCCCAACAGCAGCAACGGCCUCAUCCUGCCCAGUCUGCCUCCCCCACUCGCACCCAAUAUGGGCCCCGGCCUCGUCCUGCCGCCGCACGGCAUCCAGUACACAAAGAUCCCCAUGGCCAGCGGCCAGCCGCCCAAGGCGUAUCCGUGCUCGACCUGCGGCAAAGGCUUUGCCCGGCGCAGUGACCUGGCUCGUCAUGAACGGAUUCACACUGGCGUCCGCCCCCAUAUCUGCGAGUUCCCCGGCUGUGGCAAGCAGUUCAUCCAGCGUUCCGCCCUGACCGUGCACCGCCGUGUCCACACCGGCGAGAAGCCGCACCAGUGCGAGCACUGCGGCAAGGCCUUUAGCGAUUCCAGUUCCUUGGCCCGCCAUCGCCGUAUCCAUUCCGGCAAGCGCCCUUACAAAUGCCCCUACGCCGAUUGCCAAAAGACCUUUACGCGCCGCACCACCCUGACGCGCCACCAAAAUCACCACACUGGCACCAUUGAGGACGCUGCCCGUGCCACCGCUGCUGUCCUGGCCCGCGGCACCAACCCGAUGGUCCGUGUUGCCAGCCGCCCGCCACGCUCCGACGGUUUCAGCAAUGCUGGCUCCGACCAUGCAGGCUCGCCUCUGUCCACGCCGUCGCCGGGGCAGCGCACCAUGUCGCUUUCCCCCGCUUCCGAGCUGACAGCCAUCAACCAGCAGAUCCAGCAGCACGGCCAUUUCUCCCUCCCCAACAACAGCUCGCUGCCCGUCCACCUGCGCAACGACCUGCAGGGCAGCGGCAUGGCAAGCCCCGUCUCGACCACGUCGUCCUUGGGGCUCGGGAGCACCAGCGGCGGCGUUGGCACCACUGCGAACGGCGGUAACAGCAACGUCAACGGGACCUUUGCCAACAUUCGCCCGACCUCACACCCUACAGGGUACGGCCCGCCCUCGACGCUCGAGCCGAGCAUUGAGCCGUCCAGCGGUGGCGGUGGUCCCGGCAGCGUUGGUGGUGGCAGCCCGCACAUGGGCAGCCUAUCUGGCUGGCAGUCACCCUCGUCGCACCACCACGGUGGCCACAACAACGGCAGCAACUCGCCCGCUUCACAUCACCUGGCGGCGUCCCCCGCCCACAGCCACAGCAACUAUGUAUACCCGGAUCCGGACCCGACCUACGGUCACCUGUUCUACGCCACGAGCGCCCCUAAUACGGGGAACGGUACAGGCACAGUGACCUCGGCGCCCGGUCUUCACAACCAGCACCAGGUGCGCCGCCCAGGCGGCAGCGAGUCACCUUCGGGCGCCUUUGACGUCAGCAAGCAGCCGCGCCAGAGCGAGCUGUGGGCAAUUGCCCAGUAG